GCUCAUCGAGACCGUGGUCGACGCGACUCUGUGGACGUCGCCUUCGACGUUAGGCAGCAGACCGUCUGCCUCCAUCCUACAAUAGUGUCGUACAUGGCGCCGGUAUUGCCAUCUUCGCUGAGCCCGCAUAUAUGCAUCAUACCAUCCGACGAUCUCACCCAGCUUCUCCAGUUCUCGUCCUUGCCGCCAUUGCCCGCAAUUCUUCAAUCUUUCUCUCCGCUACCACAAGUCACUACUCGAACGACAUCCCUAACAUCCGUACCGCACCCGUCAUUUGCCUUGCGUUUCUCCGACCUUUCAGAGGUAGAAACCGCAUGCAGAGAAGACGAAGAACAGAAAGCGGUUAGGACACUUGACUGGAUCGGUGAACGAAUAGGCCGGAGAUGCGCAAAAUGGGUAGAGGAUAUUCAGAAGCUUGGGGAGAAGGAUAUGUCGAGGACGCCAUGGUGGGACGAAGUAAGGCGAUGUGUAGAAGGCAGCCACGUACCUUCGAGAACAGAGACUUGGAACCAUCCGGUCGCAGUCAUGAUGGGAGUAUCAACCAAUGCGCCCAAUCCCUUGCAGGCAAUAACAGCCCUUCAUGCUAGGCCUCUAGAGUUCCCGUCAUGGGUAGAUCCCAAUAUUCUCCGGUGUACUUUGAUUAUACAUCCCCAGGAUUCGGCUCUGUCAGAUGAAGAAGCUGGUGCUCUCUUCAAUGCCGUCAAGAAGCAAUUUGGCUUACAUAGCUAUCUUCUGCCUCUUACAUUGCCUAACCCACCGCCACCGCCAGUCCCUGUGCCCGCGCUGGUACCCCGUUUACCCCCCCUCUCAUCUACUGAUUCAACGCAACCUGGAUCCUCUGGACCUAAUGGUGAUGCAAACCAUUCCGCUGACGUUACGUUGAACACGCUGAGACUUGGAGAGUCCGAUAUCCAACGAACCGCUAGAUUCACGCGCGAAUUUCUGGUUAUGAGCUUACUUCCAUGGAUGGAAAAAUGCGUUGUAGAAUGGAACGAGAGUUUUUCUUCAACACGACGGCUCCCAUCUCGUCUCUUCUCCUCAACGCGUCGCUUUUUUGGUUCUCCCUCACCUUCACCUACUCCGACCCAUAAUACGCACCAUUCAGUAUCCAGUCUCCGCUCUAACACAUUUACUGGGUCGAUACCGAGUUCGGGGCCCCCUCCCCUCCCGCAGCAACGCCGCCUGGCUGAAUUUGCCACCAUAAUAGGGGAUUACAAGCUGGCGGUAAAUGUAUGGGAAGCACUACGCAAAGAAGGACAAGGCGGUUAUGAUAUUCUUCCUCUCUUACUCUCUCCGUCACCAGCUAUCCCGUUACACGCGUCUACCGCUUUGAACAACAUUCAUCCAUCAUCGAAUGACCCCCCUGCAAGUGCGCAGUUACGGGCCUUACUGUACGCUGCUCGUUGGGAAGCAGGCAUUGGCCAUCAGGAUUUUUUGAGUGACACCCUCGAGGGCGAACGAUGGCUCGUCUGGGCCUCCGGAAACUCAGAGGAAGCACCCUCGGCUUUGUUACUAGCUCAUGCUGCACUAUUGACCUCGGCCAAGGGGGCACGUAGGCGGGCUGCGUUAUGGUACGUGGCGGCUGCAAAUAGACUUGAGAAGUGUGGAAUUAAACCACUCACCAUGUAUUUUCUUCGGAAAGCCCAUGAGUUAUACAAAGUGCGGCCACCAAAAGAGCUCUCACCUUCUUUUUGGGACUCCGAAGGGAAAUCAUCGUCUUCCACGGAGGACUUGAACGCAAUGCUAUCGGUUAUUGAACACCCAUUAGGUCGACUGUUAUACACUACUGGAGAUGUCCUAGAUGCUGUCGGGUUCUUUUUAGGACUUUUGCGUGGUACUUCCGCAGCUUCAUCACAAUUGUCUGGGCUGGUGACAAAUGUGGAUGGAGAACCACCUGCACCCUCCACGGAUAAACUGUUUCUGGAUGAUUUUAGAGUGGCCUUAGCUCAUUAUAUAUCCACCCCGUCCGAUAAAAUGGUACUCAAAGACCUAAGCCUUCCUUUCAAUUUCUGUGUACCGAGACAAUGCUGCGUUCGUCUUCCCCAUGUGAGGUCAGAUGAGGAUCAUUGGAAACAACGAGAAGAAGAUUGGAUAAGAUUUUGUAAAGAGCAAGGGCUGUCAGAAGGUCUCGCCAAGGGAGGAGAUGCUGCAGUUGAUGAAACAUUUUGGAUCGACCUGUCUCUGCGGAAUCCGUUAGACACCGAAGUCAAUCUUUCAGAAGUCACAGUGGUUGUAGAGGAGGUGAAGAAGCAAGAGUCGUCCUCGUCGAAACAAUUUGUUGACGUUCAGACCGUCGAUGACGUAGUGCUAGGACCUAAGGAGUCAAAGAUAGUCUCCGUUGCCAUCAAAGCAUGGCAGCCCGCUUCCUUGGUCGUCACUCAUGCGACCUACCGGUUCCUGUCCCUGCUCUCGACUACUGAGUCCCUCGCUUCUAGGGGCAAACGGCUACACAAUACAGCCGCUCAACGUCAAACCCCAACGUAUGCUCCGGAUGUAUUAAUCAAAGCUGAUAUUACCGAGGCACACCACAAGCUGUUGGCGAACUUCGUAGAUGAUCGACGGCUAGUGCUUGGACACGGUGAAAUCAGACCUUUGGCACUUUGGUUGUCGAAUAUGGGCACCCGGCCAAUCAACCAAGUCUGGCUAGUAGCUGGAACGGAAGAUGAGAUAUGGGUGGGAGAUGACGAACCUCUAGUUCCUGAUGUGCAUGCAUCUGAAUUGAGUGUUGAGACACUGAUUGCAGAUAAUGCUACAAUUCCAGCUCAGCCUCAGCAGGUAAAACUCGACUCGCCACUGCAACCUGGAACCUCAAUCGAGUUGUCCAUAAUUCUUCACGCUCAAGAAAAGGGGCAACAGGACCUUUGUCUUCUUGUUGUCUAUCGUGGAUCUUCUGGACACUUCCGAUCGGUGCAAGUGACUCGCGAGUACGAGGUUCAACCUUUACUGAAGAUAUCUACUAUCACGAAUCCCUCGUCCAUGCCUGACGAUCAAUUUUUGCUGAAUUUGGAUAUUGAGAAUGUAUCGUCAUCAGCGCUACUACUAGCACAAGUAACGACCAUGAGUCCAACAUGGCAGUGUCGAUCAAUCUCGCAAAGUCCCUUAGGUCUUGUGCAGCCUUCUCAAUCAUCGCAUCUAUACUUGGGUGCAAAUCAGUGGAAGGAUGCGGCAGAUCCGCAAGAAUCGGUUAAAUUUGUCUCAAGAAAACUGUCAGACGUACUCCAAGGCGUGCCUUUCGAACCUUCAAGGCCGCUUCCUACGCGGUUGUACUGUAGUCACAUGUAUAAGGCAUCCCACCAUCGGGCUGCCUUACAAGUGGCUACUCGGCAUUUCAUUUACAGCGGCAGGCGCAAUUAUACAACAAGAAAGAUUGGCCAAUCGCACCCGCUCAUACCCUCAAAUAACUAUUCAUCAAUCUUCCCCUUGUAUCAUCCGAAUUCUGUUGACAUAGUGGUAUUCUGGGAGAUACCAGCUCAGCAUCGCAGUGGCCAUGUUCUGUUGGCAGGGAUUAACCUUGGAGCAGGACAUGCGGCGUUGAGAGAUAUUGUGAACCUUGCUGAGAAUGCCAAGGCGACGCGAAGUAUGUAUGCUGAGACUCAGCGAGAGAAGGUGAAGAUCCUUCAGUCUGUGAGGGACUGCGAGUGGAAUUCAGAAAUGAACCCUAUUGUGCUUACUGUUCGGACCACUGACAUCCUGGAUCAUGACUUCACAAACGGGUCCUGUCGCGUUCCCGUUACUUUCACCGUCAGGAACCACUCGUUGACGCACAGGUCAAGUUUUGUGGUGAAACUAUUUUCAGAGCAGUCCACUGAUGCACCCACUACGGGUGCUAUCCGACCAUGUUACUCCGGCCGACUAUCCUUCCGGGGAACGCUGAAUCCAACGGAGUUGAUUACAAUACACCCGAAGGUAUGGGUAACACGACCCGGUCUGUACGAUCUCGAUGCAUGGCGGCUAGAAGUAAAGGUGCAUGAGCUUGAUCAGGCUCCUGGUGACAAACCGCGGACACGGCAUCAUUACAUCCAGGAGUCCGGGCAGAUGCUUCGUUCUCACAUUAUUGUACGCGAUAUUCGGGGUUUGUAAUCCUUUGUUGUAUUACAACUAUAUAAUCGCAUAGCUACUUGGAGUCAUUAUUUUCGUCCUCCGAAGCCUU